AUGGCCGCCACCCCGCCUCCACCCGAGCCAGGCCCAUCCGAGCCCAGAAUACCAUCGGAUAUACCUACCCCAACCUCCCUCUGCGAUGCCGCCGCAGUCGAAGCCUCGGCGCCAAGCGCAAGCGCACCUAGUCUCGCCCCCAUCUCCCCCUCAAAUGAUAAAAGCCCACCCGAGCAGCCAGAGCCACAUGUCGAUGCCGCCAAAACCCAUGACACCGUGGCUGUUGAUGGGGAUGGCAGCGAGACCUCCUUCCACUCCAUCGAGAGCUCCCCAGAUGGCGCCCAAGUGCCUCUCAACCAGGCCUUCGAGCCCAGCUCCUCUCUCUUCCUCAGUGCGCCUGCUGAGAUUCUAGACCUGAUCCUUGACCACCUCUCCCCCUACGACCUCGUCUCCGUAGCUACAACUUGCCGUCAGAUGCGCGCCCAUGCGCUGUCCGACAUACUCUGGCACCCCAUCGCCCAAGAGAAUAUCCCCGGAAUGCGACUCCAGAGCCCCUCACCGUUUAAAUCUUAUCAUCAAUUAUUCGCAGAGUACGAUCCCUUGUGGUUUCUCCCCAAGCAUAAAAUCUGGUUCAGCGACUCUGGCCUGCCUGGCAAGCUCAUCCUCGUCCGCUACGACCCCUGGCGAGGAUGUAUAGACGGCUACGACCUGCUCGCCGUACGGGUAGAAGAAUUGGCCCAUCAAUGGGAAGCAAACCCCAGUGUCGUCAUCCAGCCUUUCAAAUGCAGGGUCUAUCUACAUCUCGACAAGCCCGUCUUGCAAUUCAAGAUUAACGACAGGAAAUACUCGAGGAGGAGGAACCGCAACAAGUUCUCCGAGGAGAUGAGCGUGCUGCUGGACGAGCGGUACCAGCACAUGUACAGCAACCUGAUCUUGACCAAACCCCUGGACGAGGAGACGGUGAACCAGAAGCGUGCCGCCGACUAUCCCUAUGGCCACAUCUGGCCCCCGCCGACCAUCCCGGCCUCCAUGCAUGUUGUGUGCGACCGAACAACGGACGACAGCCAGGCUCCGCAACAGCCUCCUAAACCCAGCCAGCGAUCUGAAAUGUCGGACAAAACAUUCCGCCUACGGCGAUGGAUGGAAAUGCUGGGGACAAGCACGUCCACCCGGGCUCUCCUAGAGCGAAUGGCAGGGGCGGUGGGAGGCACUCCCAUUGCCACUGCUGCAAACUUCCCUCCGAUUGGGAUUCACAUGGGUGAAGAUGUCAUGACAUACUCGACGCUGGAUCCGAAGCUGUACACUCCAACGCCCACCAAACCCUGGAGGGGCAUCUGGGUCGGUGAUUAUUCCUUGCACGGGUGCGAGUUCCUCCUCUUCAACCAACCAGAUGACCCACCAGCGUCCGACGAGGAGCUUGGCCUGGUGCGUCUGGAAGGAGAGGCGGAUGCAGAUUGGGAGAAGCGACGGUUGGAUGCCCGUAUCUAUCGCGGCCGUCUGGAGGCCAUCAAGCUUACCGGAGAUGCCAACGUGCCGCGUGGAGAGUAUACCUUUGUCGCCGAGGAUAUUGGCCCCGAGGGCGCGAUUGAGCUUCCUCCCGGUCCACCGUUUGACAAUGAAGGAGCAAGGGCGGUAAAGAGCCGAGGCCAUGUGGCGAAUACAGGUUUUCAGAGAGACAAGUUCAUCGAGAGCCAGCUCCUGCUUCUCAGCCACGAUUGCAUUGCGCAGUAUUGGGUCGAGUUACACCACAUCAGCUACUUUCGAAGGAUUGACAUAGACUUCCAUUUGGGCGUAGUAGGACCGAGGGUUCAGGAUUUGGGUUGA